CUCCCAGCAGCUUAUGCGUCACUUCGUCUCUUAGCCGCUGAUCAUGGCGGAGCUACAGUUCCAGGCUGAAGUGGAGCCUCAACUUCUCAAUGGGGAUGACUUGAACGAGGAAAGAGAAGAAGCGGACGCCUCGGAAUCGGUAAAGAAAAAAAGAAGAAAGAAGAAGAGGAGCAGAACCACAGCGCCAGCAGGGACAAGCGAGGCUGAGGGGGAUAGAGACGCCGGAGGUGUUGGUGAUGUGACAAAACAGUUGGAACAGCAAACGCUGGAGGACAAAGAAAGGGCCGAGGAUGGAGAAGAAGAUGGGGACGAGGGAGAGAACUCAGCUGGAAAAAAGAAGAGGAAGAAGAAGAAGAAGAAAGGAUUGAAGGGACAGACUGACCCUCCCUCAGUCCCUAUUUGUGAGCUGUAUCCCAACGGAGACUUUCCAAAGGGAGAGGAGUGUGAAUAUCCCCCAUCAAAAGACGGGCGCAGCGCAGCGUGGCGGACCACCAGCGAGGAGAAGCGGGCCCUGGACAGGGCUAACGAGGAAAUGUGGAAUGAUUUCAGGCAGGCGGCCGAGGCACACCGGCAGGUCCGUGCGUAUGUCAUGAGCUGGAUCAAACCAGGGAUGACCAUGAUAGAGAUCUGUGAGAAGCUGGAAGACUGCUCCAGGCGGCUCAUCAAAGAAGAUGGCUUAAAGGCGGGCCUGGCUUUCCCCACAGGCUGCUCCAUCAACCACUGCGCAGCUCACUACACCCCAAACGCCGGAGACCCGACUGUGCUGCGCUACGACGACGUCUGCAAAAUUGACUUUGGAACGCACAUCAACGGUCGAAUAAUAGACUGUGCCUUCACCCUCACUUUCAAUCCAAAGUACGACCGACUGCUGGAGGCUGUGAGAGACGCAACCAACACUGGCAUCAGGUUCGCCGGAAUUGAUGUGCGCCUGUGCGAUGUUGGCGAGACCAUUCAGGAGGUGAUGGAGUCUUAUGAAGUGGAGAUAGAUGGGAAAACAUAUCAAGUGAAGCCGGUAAGGAAUCUCAACGGCCACUCUAUUGGACAAUACAGGAUACACUCAGGGAAGACGGUCCCUAUCGUAAAAGGUGGAGAAGCCACAAGGAUGGAGGAAGGUGAAGCUUAUGCCAUCGAGACAUUUGGCAGCACUGGAAGAGGCGCUGUCCACGAUGACAUGGAGUGCUCGCAUUACAUGAAAAACUUCAACGUGGGACACGUGCCAAUAAGACUUCCGAGGGCUAAACAUCUGCUGAACGUGAUCAAUGAGAAUUUUGGCACUCUGGCAUUCUGCCGCCGCUGGCUGGACCGCCUGGGAGAGAGCAAGUACCUCAUGGCGUUGAAGAAUCUGUGCGACCUUGGCAUCAUAGACCCGUACCCACCUCUCUGCGACAUCAAGGGCAGCUACACCGCCCAGUAUGAGCACACCAUCCUACUCAGGCCCACAUGCAAAGAGGUGGUGAGCCGGGGCGACGACUACUAAGCAUGCGUCAAAAUCCACAACGAACCAGGAGACGACAGACUUCUUCAGACUGACAGCAAAUAUGCAAUAUUUCUCUGACCUAAAUUUCCAGUGCUUGAAUACCUUUAGAUAAUUGUUUUAGCAAAAAAAAAAAAAAAAGACUCUCAUGAAGUUAGCUUAGAUAGUUUUGUUUCAUUUUUUUUCUCUCUCUCCAAAGGAUCAAGCCAAUAGUAAAAAGGGCAUAUCUUUAA